AUGCGCUACUCCAUGAUCAAUGGCCUUCUGCUGUUGGCAAUCUCCCCUUUGGCUGCCCUUGCCCUUCCCGUGGACCCUAAUGACCAGACUGGUCAAUGGGAUCCAAAUGGACAGUACCGAAAGGGUCACUGGCAGAAUGGCGUGUUCGUUACCAACAACGGCGAUAAUCGCUACAGCCAAAAUGGUCAACUCAAUCAGAAUGGCUAUGUUGACCAGAACGGUCAGUGGCAUGACAAUAGUCGGAAUAACCAGAAUGUUCAAUACAACGAUAACCAGAAUGGCCGCUGGGCCCGCCGCUCGGUUGUAAGCCAGCUUCGCAGCUGGCCUAAUGACAACCAGAACAACCAGAACGGUUGGACAGACAGCAAUGGCCAGUGGCAUGACAACGACCAGAACGGCCAAAAUGGCUGGACCGAUGCCAAUGGGCAAUGGCACGUCAAUUCUCAGCAAAAUGGCUGGACUGACCAGAACGGCUGGACUGAUGUCAACGGCCAGUGGCACUCCAAUGAUGGCACCGUCCAGCCCCGUAACUGGCCCAACGAUAACCAGGGCAGCCAUAAUGGCUGGACAGACGCCAAUGGUCAAUGGCAUUCCAACACAGAGGAUCAGAACGGCUGGACCGACCAGAAUGGUCAGUGGCACGCGCACCAGAAGCACCAGGCUCUCCCCCACCAAGCAAAUCCCAUCUCUACUGAAAAGAGCAACCCGACGGGAGCCGAACGCGAGAACACGGCCAGUCCAUUGAGUGCAAUCACUCCCCACACUCCCCACCGCCGCAGCUGGCGUGACGCUGGCAACGACAAAAACAGCGACGACAACCGCAGCGACUGGAACCGCGAUAAAUGCGACCGCGAUGACUGGAACUGCCGCAACAAAGGCAAUCACAUUGGCAAUGACCGCUGCCGUGACAACAACAGUCAGAACUGUCGAGACCGCGGCAUCCCAACCACUCCCAGCACCAUCGCGCGCAACUGGCCCAAUGACAAUAAUGGGUUGAGCUCCGCCAACAACGCUCAGACUACCCCCAGCUCCCGGAACGACCGGUAUCAAAGCUAUGGUAACUACAAGAACUAUGGCUCUUACCAGAACUACCCUGUCAAUGGACAGAAGCAAGCUCAGAGUAAGGGCACCACGGCUGUCACUGGGCAACAGGAGUGA